UGUGUGUUGGUGAAUGUGAGUACGGGGAAGCAGCAGCCGCCAUUUCAGGGAGCUUGCCGACGCUGUCGCAGGGGUGGAUCCUGAGCUGCCGAGGCCGCCGUCCUGCUCUCCCUCGCGGGCUCCUCUAAUCCCAUUGUUUCUUUUAGAUUCGCUCGGGCCUAGCCGCCCUUGGAGCCCGAUAUUCGGGCUGGGCGGUACCGCGGCCUGGGCCUAGGGGCUUAAAGUAGCAGCAGCGGCGGCGGCAGCAUCACAAGCAGCAGCAGCCCCUUCCCGAAUACGAGCAGCACAGGCGCCCGAAAGCCCGCACAGGUGUUUAGAGAAAAUGGCAGACGAUAUUGAUAUUGAAGCAAUGCUUGAGGCUCCGUACAAGAAGACUUGCCUAACGAUAUCUCACCUCUACUCCCAUGAAUUCACCUUUGAUUCCAGUGUGAACUGUCAAUCAUAAGGAUGAGAACAAGUUGAGCAGUGCUAACGGCCAUGAAGAACGUAGCAAAAAACAAAGUUUCUGCCUCCUUGGAAAGCUCUACAUCUCCUUGUGAUUGGAGUGUGGGUUUCAAGAUUCCAGAAGGUGGGAAAAAAAGCAAGAGCAGGAGUCGUAGUCAUGAACGGAAGAGAAGCAAAAGUAAGGAACGGAAGAGAAGCAGAGAUAGAGAAAGGAAAAAGAGCAAAAGCCGUGAAAGGAAGCGAAGUAGAAGCAAAGAAAGGAGAAGGAGCCGAUCAAGAAGUCGAGAUCGCAGAUUCCGAGGCCGCUACAGAAGCCCUUACUCCGGACCAAAAUUUAACAGUGCCAUCCGAGGAAAGAUUGGGUUGCCUCAUAGCAUCAAAUUAAGCAGACGACGUUCUCGAAGCAAAAGUCCAUUCAGAAAAGACAAGAGCCCUGUGAGAGAGCCUAUUGAUAAUCUAACUCCUGAGGAAAGAGAUGCACGGACAGUUUUCUGCAUGCAAUUAGCAGCAAGAAUUCGACCACGGGAUUUGGAAGAAUUCUUCUCCACAGUAGGAAAGGUUCGAGAUGUGAGAAUGAUUUCUGAUAGAAAUUCAAGACGUUCCAAAGGAAUUGCUUAUGUGGAGUUUGUGGAUGUGAGCUCAGUGCCUCUAGCAAUAGGAUUAACUGGUCAACGAGUUUUAGGAGUGCCAAUCAUAGUACAGGCCUCACAGGCAGAAAAGAACAGAGCUGCAGCAAUGGCAAACAAUUUACAAAAGGGAAGUGCUGGACCUAUGAGACUUUAUGUGGGCUCCCUGCACUUUAACAUAACAGAAGACAUGCUUAGGGGGAUCUUUGAGCCCUUUGGAAGGAUUGAAAGUAUACAGCUCAUGAUGGAUAGUGAAACAGGUCGAUCAAAGGGAUAUGGAUUUAUUACAUUUUCUGACUCAGAAUGUGCCAAAAAGGCUUUGGAACAACUUAAUGGAUUUGAGCUAGCAGGAAGACCAAUGAAAGUAGGCCAUGUUACUGAGCGUACUGAUGCUUCCAGUGCUAGUUCAUUUUUGGACAGUGAUGAACUGGAAAGGACUGGAAUUGACUUGGGAACAACUGGUCGUCUCCAAUUAAUGGCAAGACUUGCAGAGGGUACAGGUUUGCAGAUUCCACCAGCAGCACAGCAAGCUCUGCAAAUGAGUGGCUCUUUGGCAUUUGGUGCUGUGGCAGAAUUCUCUUUUGUUAUAGAUUUGCAAACAAGACUUUCCCAACAGACUGAAGCCUCAGCUUUAGCUGCUGCAGCCUCUGUUCAACCACUUGCAACACAGUGUUUCCAACUCUCUAACAUGUUUAACCCGCAAACAGAAGAAGAAGUUGGAUGGGAUACAGAGAUUAAGGAUGAUGUGAUUGAAGAAUGUAAUAAACAUGGAGGAGUGAUUCAUAUUUAUGUUGACAAGAAUUCAGCUCAGGGCAAUGUGUAUGUGAAAUGCCCAUCAAUUGCUGCAGCUAUUGCUGCUGUGAAUGCAUUACAUGGCAGAUGGUUUGCUGGUAAAAUGAUAACAGCAGCAUAUGUACCUCUUCCAACUUACCACAACCUCUUUCCUGAUUCUAUGACAGCAACACAACUACUGGUUCCGAGUAGACGAUGAAGGAAGAUAUAGUCCCUAUGUACAUAGCUUUUUUUUCUUUCUUGAGAAUUCAUCUUGAGUUAUCUUUUAUUUAGAUAAAAAUAAAGAGGCAAGGGUCUACUGUCAUUUGUAUACAAUUCCUGUUACCUUGGACAAAAUAAAAAUGUAAACAGGAAUGAAGUGUGCUCAUUCUCCCUAACUAGCAAAUCCCACUGUAUACAAAGCUGUUCUUGUUCUGCCUUUUAAAAUGUUUGUGUAGAAAAUUACAUUAAAGGUCUAUAGGAAUAGCUCUAGGGGAACAAGUGUGCUUUCUGUAUAAAGGCAGAGAGAUGAAAUGUUUUUAAUGUUUCAAAAGCCUAACUUUUUACACAACAGUACAUUUCACAUUUCACUAAUGUUGCUACUUGGUUCAUGAUUUAGCAGAGGUUUUUGGAAUACACAUUUAUUGUGUGGAAAUUGAAGACAGCUAAAGGGCUGUUCGGAUAACAUCUCAUCUUGCAUUCUGAUCAUUUGGCAAGAAAGGGAGAUUUCAAAAUUAUAUUUCUUGAUGGUAUCUUUUCAAUUAAUGUAUCUGUAAAAGUUUCUUUGUAAAUAUUAUGUGUUCUGGUGUGUCUUUAAGAUUCCAAACAAAAUGAUCCCUGCAUUUCCUGAAGAUGUUUGGUGACUGUCUGGUAAACAAAGCAAUCUGAGUGAGAAAUAGGAAAUGCAGAAAUAGGUUUUGUCUGGUUGCAUAUAAUCUUUGCUCUUUUUAAGCUCUGUGAGCUCUGAAAUAUAUUUUUGGGUUACUUCAGUGUGUUUGACAAGACAGCUUGAUAUUUCUAUCAAACAAAUGACUUUCAUAUUGCAACAAUCUUUGUAAGAACCACUCAAAUAAAAUUCUCUUAAAAAGGCCACAGGAAAUCUUCAUUUUUCAAAUGUUUUAAAGUCAUAAUAACUUGAGGAUAUUACGCUUGGGCAGUAAAUCAGUAGUUGCCCUUUGGGGAAACAUUGUUAGCAAUAUUGGGAAAUUCUUGCCCUUAAGCUGUUCAUGUUAAUUCCUUACAUACUUCGCAAUGUACCUUUUAAGGUAGUGUAUUCAAAACUGGCAAGUUUACUGGAAAGACAACAAAUUUGCCAUUCAUUCGUUGUGGUCUGACCAAUCUUUGUCAAAUAAAUGUUUGACUAUUUAUAAAUGCAAAAUGGUUUAUGUCCAAACUGGUUUCCCAACUUGAUUUAUCUGCUUUAUUACUAUUUAAGGGCUCUUCAAAAAAUUAAGGGAAGUGUUUUCAGAAAAAUUGCAUGGAAAUUUUUAUGACAUUCAAUUAACACACUAUGUCCCAUUGACCUGUCAUAGCAUCCCAUUAAGACAAAUUGAGCAAUAAAUGUACUGCUAGACUACAUUGUUUUUUUGGACAGUGGCUUCACUCUUUCAAUGUUUGUUUUUA